AACACAGAAGAUGUAAAGUUUCCCCCUAAACCUCCUUCAGAACAGUUAAUACAGAAAGUCAUACAUGAAUUCAGUUCUUCUCAGAAUCCGGCUCUCAUUGAGGAAUCUGGAUGUGCAGUGUGUGGAACUCUAUGCCCAAAAUCAAAACUUGCCCCAUUAAAUAACUUUAAAGACAAAUUGACAUUACUCAUAGAUAAUGGCAGGUCAGUAACGAGGAAGGAAAGAACACAUAAGUCUCAUCACUUAAAUGCUAUACCUGGCCCUGUUAUUGAAACUAAAUUCGAUAAAUAUGUCCCUCUUGUGCUACGUCUCUAUCAAAAGAUAAAGCACCUGAACUAG